AACCUUCUCCCAAAGGAACUUCAAACCAAACAGACAGCUGAGGAAUAUUGUGCAAGCCUCCAGACCGCUGACAAUGGAGUCAGUGAAAGAACCAGAAGUGGCGAGUGUGUGUGAGAAACACAAGAGGGCUUUAGAUGUCUUCUGUCAGGUGGAUCAAAUCCCCAUUUGCAUGGUUUGCCACCUGUCCCAAUAUCACGAAGAACACUGCGUGCUUCCUAUAGAUGAAGCUGUCGAGGCUUACAGGGAUCAAAUUCAGAGCUGUAUGAAGAUUUUGAAGAAGGAAAGAGAUGAGAUUCAGUCAUUUAAACUGAGUGGGGAAAAGAAAAGCCAGGAACUGCUAAAACAGCUAGAAACGGAAAGGCAGAAGAUUAUGUCUGAGUUUGAGCAACUGUUCGAGUUUCUGAAGGAACAAGAGCGACUCCUGCUGGCCCGGCUGGAAGAGGUGAAUAAGGAAAUUGAGAAGAGGCGGGAUGAGUAUGUGGCCAAACUCUCUGAGGAGCUGUCCUCGUUCAGUUCCCUGAUCAGUGAGAUGGAGCAGAAGUGCCAGCAGCCAACGAGCAAAUUCCUACAGGAUAUCAAAGACACCUUGCGCAGGUGUGAGAGAGAAAAGUUUCACAACCCGGCGUUUUCUUUUGAUCUGAAAUGGGAAUCGUCUCAAGAAACUGAAUUCCUGGAAGACAUCAUGAAGACACUCAAAGAUACACUGUCGUCUAGACUGCCGUUCCACAAAGCCGAAGUGACUCUGGAUCCAGACACGGCGCAUUCCGCGAUGGGAACGCACGUGGCAGCCCCUGCCCAACACCCCUGA